GGCUAAGUUCUUUAAAGGCAAGAAAAUCCAUGGUGAAUUUGACAUCAAAGUUGAACAGGCUGAGUUUUCUGAGGUCAACCUGGUGGCCCACGCUACUGGUAGCUAUAGUGUGGACAUUGAAGCAGUCCGCAACGGUAACAAGGUGACAAAGUGCUUUCGGCCAGACUUUGUGCUGGUCAGGCAGCAUGCCUUCAGCAUGGCAAAGAAUGGAGAUUUCCGGAACAUCGUCAUUGGCCUGCAGUAUGCUGGCCUGCCGAGCAUCAACUCCCUACACUCCGUCUACAACUUCUGUGACAAGCCAUGGGUGUUUGCUCAAAUGUCCAGAUUGUAUAAGCAGCUGGGGCCUGAGGAAUUCCCGCUGAUUGAACAGAUCUACUACCCCAACCACAGGGAGAUGAUCACAACUCCAGGCUUCCCCGUGGUGGUGAAGAUGGGCCACGCUCACUCUGGAAUGGGGAAGGUGAAAGUGGACAAUCAGUACGACUUUCAGGACAUUGCUAGUGUGGUGGCCCUGACGAAGACCUAUGCCACCUCUGAGCCCUUCAUCGAUGCCAAGUACGACAUUCGCAUCCAAAAGAUCGGAACCAAUUACAAGGCCUACAUGAGGACGUCGAUUUCUGGAAACUGGAAAACAAACACGGGAUCGGCCAUGCUGGAGCAGGUGGCCAUGUCUGACAGGUAUCGCAUGUGGGUGGAUUCCUGCUCUGAGGUCUUCGGAGGCCUGGACAUUUGUGCAGUGGAGGCUCUUCAUGGUAAAGAUGGAAGAGAUUACAUCAUUGAGGUGGUGGGCUGUUCCAUGCCUCUAAUAGGGGACCAGCAGGACGAGGAUCGUGCCCUGAUUGCUGACUUAGUCAUCUCCAAGAUGAACCAGGCUAUCCCACGUACCCCUGUCCCUUCACCCAUACGUCCCACUGCUGGCCAGGCAGCACAGCCAGCGGUAUCCCCUCAGCCCAUUCAGGGACAGCAGAGGGUACCCCAGGCCCAGGCUGCCCAGCAAGGACCACCAGCUCAACAGCGCCCCCCUCCUCAAGGUGGCCCCCAGCAGCCUCCUAGUAGCUCUCAGGGCCCCCGGCAGGGCCCCCCCUCUCAGCAACGCCCUUCCCCACAGGGCCUGAGCCAACCCCCACCCCAGGUCCAGCCACAUAUAACUAGCCCUGGGUCACAGCAGCCACCCCAGCCUAUCCCUAGCCAGCAACAGCGGCAAACCGGUCCUGGGGGCCCUGCCCAGCCACGCCCACCUGGCCAGGGUGCUCAGCAGCAGGUGAGGGGCCCUCCCAUGCAGGGUUCACCCCAACGCAGCCAGAGCAGCAGCUCCCCUCAGCUGUCGAAGCAACAGCAGCCGUCGCAGCAACAGCAGCAGCAGCAACAGCAGCAGCCGACUCCUCAGCAGCCGCAGCAGCAGCCACGCCCCCCUCCAGGAGGCUCGAGCCCUAAACCCACCAGCGGUCAGCCACCACAGCAACAGCGCCCCCCUCAGCAGAGGCAGGGCCAGCCAGCCAGGCAGCCAGCACAAGGGGGGGCGCUUCCUCCCCAGCAGCAAAGGCCGGCAUCGCAGCAGGGUCGUGCCACGGGAGCUGGCCCCAGCUCCGGCCCUGGUCCCACCACCCAGCAGCCCCGGCCCUCAGCUCAGGGGCAGGGGGGCCCGAUGAGCGUGGCUGGUGCAGGUGGGACUCGCCCACCUGUGCAACAGAAGCCCCAACCCCCACAAAAGCCCAGCCAGGAUCACCCAGGGAUGGGAGCCCCUCCCCAGCUCAACAAAUCCCAGUCUCUUACCAAUGCCUUCAACCUUCCAGACACUUCGGCAGCUCCCCGUUCCAGCCUUAGCCAGGAUGAGGUGAAGGCUGAGACCAUCCGCAACCUGCGGAAGUCCUUCGCCAGCCUUUUCUCAGACUGAGCUGCCGCAGUGGCUCUCUCACAGCUUGACGGACAGACGGACGGACUGACUGACCGAUGAAGAAACACCCCACCCACUGCCACCCACCUCUCCCAGUCCCCGACACCAUAAAGAGCAAUGGAGGAAGCCCACUCCAUUGCCCAUUUCCUAUAGAUGUAGGCUAAAAUCCUUUGGAAAGUAUGUGCAUUCACAAAACUGUACACUGCCUGCACUGUUCAGCAUCAAUACUAGAAAUGGGCCAGCAGGCACCUGGGUGGAACUAUGUUAGAGUGGCCCAGAUUGCAGCUCCGCUGUCUCCUUCAUUCCAAGACACUUUCUACAAAAGAAGCUUGCUCAUCCGCACAUCCUUCUUCUCAACUUGCAUGUUUGGUCGUGGACUGUCACAAAAAAAAGGCAAACACAGCUGUGGAUUCUUGUCUCUGUCCUUUUUCUCCUACCAACCCUCCAUCACUGGGCACUAACCACUUCGCGAUGCACUGAAAGAUUCAAUGGACAGCCCAAAUCUGUUUUUAUUUUCUUAUUUUAAAUAUAGAUGAAUAGUAUAUUUAUAUCUACCUUUUCCAUACAGCUGGGUCUUUCAGUUGAUUGUAAAGUUGUGCACUGAGUCUAGACCAAGAGAUACCAUCUCAGACCAAAUCAUGCAGGCUGUUAGAUAUAUGGAGGGUGUUUUAUUUUAAAUCUGGAUAAAGUUCAGUAGCCACAUCAUUUUACGGAAAUUUACCAAGCCUGGAAAAUUGCUUGGAGUACAAAAGGCUAUAAUAUGAUGAAAAUCAACCCUUAGGAAUACAAGGACUCGCAAAUGAAACGCCAUGUUUUUAAAGAUUGUCUUAUUCAACUUCCAUAUUAGAGACACAAAACAUCACAUUCCUCUAUUAGCAAUGUGACAAGUGUACUAAUCCAUAGAUAAUGGAAAUAAAACAAGUCUUGUGCAUGACAAUGUACAACUCAAAGUCCUGUGCUUGUGGUGAGAGCACCAGGGUCCAUGGUCCUAUUCUUCCUGUUUUCCAAUGGGUCAUCGAUGUGGGAAAACGGGGCAGGUGCUACACCCUGUCACCACCCCCACCCACUGUGGAGCUUGUCAGCUUGUUGUCACGCCUAAGUAGCUGUUGUGAAACUGUCCUGUGUUGUUUGUCGUGAAUAUGCCAUUGCUGCAUCCCUCUUUGGCCUCUCCACUCCCCUUAACAUGCAUCUCCUACCCCAACGAUCAAUCAAGCUCAGACGUUUUGUCUCAGGGAAGUCCGUAAGAAAGUAAACAGCAAAGUGGUUGUGGAUUGUGGAUCCCCCCCCAGUUCUCUACAAAUGAAGUGUGUUGUGUUUUUAAGUGCUGCUACAUACUUCUGAAAAGAAGGGGUUCGAACCAUUUUGUUGUUUUUGUUGUUGCAGCCUAUUUACGAUGAGGGCAAAGUUGGAAUGAGUCAGUUAGUGUUCAUUUCAAGUCUUUUCUUGAGCUUACAUUGCUUCUUGGAAAGGCCAUGCUACUUGGCACUAGUUCCCAAGGACAGUUGAGGUCUCUUUUGAGGAACAGCAGUGGGUUAGUGUUCAUAUCUGCAUAUUAUGGUGCAAACACCAAUUGCAGAUGGAGAACUACAUAAUUUUAGUUUUUGUCCUCCAAAAAAAAGAAAGUUUGACGUCUUUUAUUUUCUAUACAUCGUUGGCAAAAAGCUCAAAUUCUCGUGUUGCAAGAAGACUGGUGUGCACAGUGCAGGAAUUUUCGAUAAGGUCUUGGGACCCGAUCCAUGGCCUCUUCCCCAUACAUUACUGCCCCCCCCCCAUCCACAGUAAUCCUUUGUGAAAAUUAGUGCAUAAACAUGUGAACGUUGUACUGUAAGACAUAACCCCAAGUGUUGUACAGGUAGUGAAUAAUGAAUGAUGCAACCCUGCGAUGCUUCUUUUUCAUGGCUGUGCCUGUAUUUUAAAAUGUGUUGACUGAAUGCCCACUGUUCUUCCCACAUCCUGUCAUGUUUAGUCUCAAAUUAUUUUAUCAGUACCUAGUGGUUUAUUUAUGAUAUGGUUAAAACAGAAUGGAGAUAUUAUAUAGCAUUUUAUAUUACAGAUAUAAUAUUCCUUUAAUAUGAUAGCUGUUUUAGACACUUAGCUAUGCUCUGAGCUUCCUCUUCUGUGGGGUGUCAGUAAUAACUGCUUUGAAUGAUGUUUUAUUUGAUUACAGCGCCACCUUCUGGAAUAUUAGAUCCCAAGCGUCUACACAACUGCAAGCUUUCAGAUUUCUUAGUAACGUACAAUGAGCAUAUACAAUCAGGUGGUCAUGAACACUACGACCUCAUUAUAUGCCUGUAUACUGUGGGUAAUGUUUCUGCACAUUUCUGGGAAGUCUUUCGGUUUAACAUCACUACCCUAUAGGGGGAAGUGUUGAGCAAAGUUGGCUAAAUGACCACUUCAGGGGUUCACUUCCUUAUUUAAAGAUAUAAGGAAGCUGAUCAUGUAUAUUAAGCCCAUCUUGGUAACUAUAGUGAGUGUUUAUAAAACACAGGCACAUAUGACUGCUCACACUCAGAGUGAUAUUUAAAAAUGUUUCUAUUAUGCAUUUAAAGCACUGAAAGAACUAUAUUUCACAUCUUGUCUGUUGUAUUGAUUUAAUUUUACUGAACUUAUUUUCCUGCAUCUGAUGGCUGAGUUUAAUUUCUGUUGUGCGUAAACAAUUUUGAAUGUCUUAUCAAAUAUCUAUCCAUUGUGCAAUGACAUUUUUCAGGUGAUUGAUCAGUGUUUGUCUGAUGCUUAGCUGUUAUAUAAAACAAAUGUCUAUCUAUGGAAUUAUAUAUAACAUUAUAUAUACACAUAUAUAAUGUUAAAUUGAAUAAUUGUAUAUCAUGUUGUAGUAUAUUAUGUGUAUAAAUGUUUAUGAUGUACCUGUCAGUAUAGCUUAAUAUUUGUGAAAAAUAUUCUAUAGAAAUUGAGAAAAUUAAAAUAGA